CUUGAGGGUCUCUACCGAACUGGAGGUGCCCCUCCCCCUUCCCGGGCGCUCCUCCACCUCUUCUGUUGGCCGCUUGCACCCCUCCUAUGUUCUGAUAGCUGGAUCCGCAGCUGCCACCGCGUGAGGAGGCGGUCACGUGUUGUUUUGACCGCUGCCUGGGCGCAGAGUAAAUUGGGCGGGGGCGCGGGCUGAGGCGGGAGGAGAUUGGGGCGGGCAGACGGGAGUAGUCUGCCUCUUCCCCAACCCUCCCUUCCCUGAGUGACCCCUCCCCUUCGCUCACCUUAAAACCACCGUGCAUCACCAUGGCGAGUUGUUCCUUCGCUCGCGACCAAGCGACAAGGACACUGAGAGCUGCAGUAGCGGCGGCGGCAGCAGCUCUAGCAGCGGUGGCAACCAACCCUCUUCUUUCCUCAGGAACCUCGACCGCACUCAUUGGGACCAGGUUGUCUUGUCCGGGAGCCAUGUGGCUCUCCACCGCCACUGGCUCCCGGUCAGAUUCAGAGUCCGAGGAAGAGGACCUCCCCGUCGGGGACGAAGUCUGCAAACGCGGCUACCUGCGGAAACAGAAGCAUGGGCACAGGCGUUACUUCGUGCUCAAACUCGAGACCGCUGACGCUCCAGCUCGUCUGGAAUACUACGAAAAUGCUAGAAAGUUCCGGCACAGUGUCCGCGCUGCGGCGGCCGCUGCAGCGGCGGCCACCUCUGGUACCCCCGUGCCCGCGCUCAUCCCGCCGCGGCGGGUGAUCACCCUGUAUCAAUGUUUCUCCGUGAGCCAGCGAGCUGAUGCAAGGUACCGACACCUCAUUGCCCUUUUCACCCAGAACGAGUACUUCGCGAUGGUGGCCGAGAACGAGACAGAGCAAGAAAGCUGGUACUUGCUGCUCAGCCGCCUCAUCCUCGAGAGCAAGCGCCGCCGCUGCGGCAUGCUGGGCGCGCAGCCGGACGGAGAGCCGGCUGCGCUGGCGGCGGCAGCGGCGGCGGAGCCACCCUUCUAUAAAGAUGUGUGGCAGGUAGUAAUCAAACCGAGGGGGCUGGGGCACAGAAAAGAGCUGAGCGGUGUGUUCCGGCUGUGUCUUACCGACGAAGAGGUCGUGUUUGUGAGGCUGAACACCGAAGUGGCCAGCGUAGUCGUCCAGCUCCUGAGCAUCCGUCGCUGCGGGCACUCAGAGCAAUAUUUCUUCUUGGAAGUCGGCAGGUCUACUGUUAUCGGUCCAGGGGAGCUGUGGAUGCAGGUCGAUGAUUGUGUAGUUGCCCAAAACAUGCACGAGUUGUUUCUGGAGAAGAUGAGAGCCUUGUGUGCAGACGAAUACAGAGCCCGCUGCCGCAGCUACAGCGUCAACAUUGGCGCCCACCUGUUAACCCUGCUGUCCGCUAGGAGGCACCUAGGCUUGCUGCCGCUAGAGCCCGGCGGCUGGCUCCGAAGGUCCCGCUUCGAGCAGUUUUGCCACUUCAGGGCCAUUGGUGACAGGGACGACGAGAUGCUCUUCGCCAGGCGCUUCAUAGCACCCAGCGAACCCGUGCCUCCCUCCAGACGUGGAAGGCUGCAGGUGCCCAGACCACGCAGGUCCAGGAGAGCGAUUUCAGUGCCAGCCAGCUUUUUUCGACGCUUAGCGCCUAGCCCGGUACAUUCCCCGAACCCUGAAGAAGCCUCCAAGGACAGAGCUUGUGAAGCCUUGGCCUCAGGCCGUGGAAAUUCUAGGGGGAAAGGCAAAGAGGGUCAGGAAGGAAACGGAGGUGACUACAUGCCCAUGAACAACUGGGGCUCAGGAAAUGGCCGGGACUCGGGAGGUGGCCAGGGCUCCAGUGGCCAAGGUUCCAGUAGCCAGAGCUCAGGACGAAACCAGUGCUCCAGCGGGAGGCAAGGAUCUGGAAGUGGCCAGGGCUCAAAUGGUGGCCAAGGAUCAGGAGGUCAGCGCUCAGGAGGUCAGGGCGCUAGAGGAAACCAGUCCCCAGGAGAUGGCCAUAACACCACAGGUAGCCAUGGCUCAGGCAAUGGCCAGGGACCUGGAAGUGGCCAUGGCUCAGGUGGUAGCCAGAGACCCAGAGAUGGCCAUGGCUCAGGUGGUGGCAAGAACUCAGGAGGGAGCAAGGGUUCAGGAAGUGAGAAAAGUACUGAUGGUGAUGGUGACCAUGCAAAAUCUCUGAAGAAAAGAUCUUAUUUUGGUAAAUUUACUCCAGGCAAACAACCGCAAAUGGCACCUCCUCCACCACCACCACCCCCACCAGCUGGAGCAACUAAUGGAAAAGGGAAGUCUGGAGGGCGAUUCCGACUUUAUUUUUGUGCUGACAGAGGACCCACAAAAGAACGCAAAGACACCAAAGAGAUGAGAGAUACGGAGACCCCAGAAGGUGUAGCUCGGGGUUCCCACAGAGCCAGAGCUUUUGAUGAAGAUGAGGAUGACCCAUAUGUGCCAAUGAGGCCAGGGGUGGCUGCCCCUCUUGCAAGCUCCAGUGAUUAUAUGCCAAUGGCUCCUCAAAAUGUUUCUGCUUCAAAACAGCGCCACUCUCGAUCACCAUUUGAAGAUUCACGAGGAUAUAUGAUGAUGUUUCCCCGAGUGAGCCCAUCAUCUGCCCAAAGUACUCCAAAAGGACCUGAUCCUAAUAAAGAGGAUGACUCAAAGGAUAACGAUAGUGAUGGUGACUACAUGUUUAUGGCUCCAGGAGCUGGUGCAAUUCCAAAAAGCCCGAGAAAUCCUCAAGGUGGCUCUUCCUCCAAAAGUUGGAGUUCCUACUUCUUGCUGCCUAACUCUUUUCAGAGCUCACCCUUGGGACAGAGUGACCACAGUGAGUAUGUACCAAUGUUACCUGGAAAAUUCCUGGGGAGGGCCCUGGAUAAAGAAGGUUCCUCAAACUGGGGCCUCAAAGAUGGAGCUUCAAAGCCUUCACUUGAGGGGUCAUUCUCAAAGGCUGGAGAUGGUGGAUCACCUUCAAAGCCUUCAGAUGAUGAACCCCCAAAGAAUAAGGCUAAAAGACCUAACCAGCUGUCUUUUAUUACAAAAGGAAAUAAAAUCAAGCCCAAACCACAAAAGCCCACACAAAAGCAGAGAGAAGCUGACAGCUUUAGUGGUUAUGUCAACAUUGACUUCACUAAAAGAGAUAGCAGUAUGCCAGCCCCCUCUGCUCGAGGACUGUCACAUUCAUUGGGCAUAAUUGCUGACCCUAGACAGUCAGCCUUUUCUAAUUACAUGAAUGUUGAAUUCAGAGUGCAAUUUCCAAAUCCAGCAAGUCACCUCUCAGAUCUUUUAAGAGCUAUCCCAGGUUCCAAUCCCUUAUUUCUGGAGGGUGCUGGGUGGCCACUUCUUCCUCUUCCUCCCAGGGCUGCAGGUAGCAAUUCUAAUGUCGAAGAGGGUGACUACAUUGAAGUAAUUUUCAACCCAGCAAUGACACCGGCCGUGCCUUUUGCUGACAGUGCCAUUCGCUAUGAUGCUGAAACAGGUCGAAUCUAUGUGGUCAACCCAUUUUCUGAGCUCUGUAUGGACAUUUCUCUCUCCCCUAGCAGACGCUCUGAACCACCACCUGUAGCUAGGCUGCUGCAGGAAGAGCAAGAUACCAGAUGCUCUCAAAGCCGUUCACAAAGUUUCUUUGCAGCUGUCAGAGCAGCUGUUUCGGCUUUCCUGACUGAUGGCCACCAGAGAGCGAUUUCUGCUGCCCCCUCCUCAGCUGCAGCACCAGCAGAGGCGCCAACCUUAGCGGUGGGCCGGGGGUUAGCUGCGGCAUCAGCGCUCGCUGUAGCCCCGGGCUUAGGCGCAGCCGCCGCGGGCUUAGAGGCUGCGGCUGGGUUUGACUCCGCCUCUCCCCGCGGGUUUCAACCUGUUGCUGAUGCUGCUGGUACAGAGGCAGUUAGGGAGGCCCUGGACAAUGCGGGUGGCGCGAAUCCUAGAACCCCGAACCCACCUGCAGACCUUGCCAGAGGUGAGAACGCAGCUGGCGGGGCUGCCGCCGCAGCUGAGGGUCCCCCACCACCCCCGCGCCACCGCUGGGUGCCGAGACCCCCGGAGAGAGAAGAGUCUGAAGACGAAGACGAAACUUACGUGAGAAUGGACUUUGCCAGACCUGACAACAAGAAGUUCCACUCUCCGAAAAGAGGAUAAAUUGUGAGAAACUGAAAUUAGUGAUUAAAUUGCCACAAAAACACAUUUUAGAAGAAAAGUGACACUUAAAAGAUUUCAUCUUCAUCUACUCCAGAUCUGCCUAAAAGAAAGAAAAUUCAGAAGCUUCUGAAUAGAAAGCAACCUAACUUCUAAAAACCUACAAGUGGAUUCUGGCAGUUGAAGGAUCGCAACUCAAUAAGAUCACUCUUUCUGCUGUCCUAUGGAUCCAGUGAUUUUCUGAUUAAGAAUGCUUGCACUGUGCUUUAUUUUCUAGUGCCCCCCCAUCUGUGUCUUUGAAAGAAAACAAAUACUAUAAAAGUUAGCAUCUAUAACUCUUUCCUUUUCCUCCUAAAACUCUUUCCUUUUCUUCCAAUCUAAGUAAAUGUAGAGCAUACCAGUCUUACUGAUGUAUAAUAUUUGGUUUCAUUUUGAAGUUACAAAACCUUUAAAUAACAGGAGAUAAAAAACUUAUACAAAUGAGAAGAUAGGUAUGAUCUGGAAUCUUUUGAUUAGAACAUAUGCAAAACAUUUCUUCAUCAAGAAAUGAAAUAUCAACUGAACUGAUAUCUUGAUGGGGAAUUUUCAAUAUUUUAAAGGCAGGACUAGAGACCAGAUAAUCUCAGUUUUUGCUCAUUAACAAAACUACAUCAUUUCACAUUGAAUGUCAACUAAACUGAUAUCUUGAUUGAGCAUUUCCAAUAUUUUAAAGGCACACCUGAGGAGCAGGUUAUCUACUUUUUCAUAUAUAACACACUAGUCCUCUGCCUACAAAUCAAUUUAGCAUUUCCAAACCAAUUAUUUUAUUUUGAAACCUACAUUUUCCUCCUAAAAGAAACAACAUUUUUCAAAAGCCUCCUCAUAAGAUCCUUCUCUGUUUCUCUGAGCCUUCCCUCUCUCACACGACAUCCUUCCUCUCUUUUUGGCCCUCUCCUGGACACACACACUCCCUCUUAUGCCCAGGACUCCUAUAAAGAAAUCAGUUUCCUAUAUAAAAAAAAUUUAGUAUAUACUUAUCAGUCGACAUUCAGAUUACAACUUAAACCAAAAGGAAUCUCUUAUAAGGCUUUGUUUCCUUCUGGACAAUAAACUGAUACAAGAUGUACCAAAUUAAAAAAUAAUCAGAGCAAGCUCCCUCCCUUCCCAUUUUUGCUUGUCUCUGAUGGAAACUGAAUUAAGAUUUUAGGAACCUGGACCUUUGAAUACAUGACACCAACAGGUGGUGACCACAGAGGAUAGGUACAAAGGUCUUGAAGCUUGCUUAGAGCUUUGUUACGUGGUGGCACACACAUCUCUGCUUGUUGUACCAUCACUGGCAAACCUCAUCACAUCAUAGAUGGAUGUGUUUGAAUGUGUAAAUGUGUGAGUGUUAGUGUGUGUAUGCAUAUAGUGGUGUGUAUGCAUACUUUGUGUACCUGUGAACAUGUGAUUGUAGGUGUAACUGUUGUGUGUAACUGUCAAAAAAUUGCUUCGCAUUUAAUGUGCAACUUUGAAGUAAUGUAAUAUUUAUCUAAAGUUUUUCACCACUUGUUGUCUUUGAACAUGUACUUCUAUCUUUGGGCAGGCUUCUAAUACAUGUUGCUAAGCUAAGUUUUCUGAAGAACUGAGUGGAUUUCUAUUUUUCCUUGCCUACCAACCAAAGGGAUGGAGGUAUCUUUACUUCCUCUUGUGAGUGAAACUGAAGAGGGGAUGUGGCUACAGGACUAGUCACUGCUACAGUUAUUGGUCAUUGCUAAGGCAUCAACUUCUUCAGUUCCUUCAGACUCCUCUCUUUCCCCAUCCUAAUCAAAUAAUGCAAUGUGGCUUUUGUUCAAUAUGAUAACAGUGUGCUCUUUAGGCAGCCUCUUUCAAACCUUUUGUCACCAUUUUAUAUUCAAGUAAGUUAAGUCAUAAUUAUUCAGAAUGUUGGGAAGAUAAGACUAUUUGGAGGAAAACACUAUUUACAGAUUAGGUUUAGGGACUGCCAGCAGACAGGGUACAGAGGGUAUAUCACAGAGGUAACACUUGCUGAAUAAACAAAUGGAAACCUUAUACACAUACAAAUAGUAACAGGUACAAAAGUUGCAGGUACAGCAUUGCAAAUAUAUAAUCUCUUUGACAUUACUCCUUAGUUUACAGAUAGAAUUUAUUCAGUAUUGUGCUGGAAGGAUAUGUACUAACAUAUCACUUACCUUCCAGUUAUCAGUUUAUGUUGCUGUUAAGAAAAACUUAUGAUGGAAUGAUUUUUUUGUGACCUCUACAUUAAUUUGGUGUCAUACAUAGUCACUAGGUUGGUAUAAACUAAAACUUUACAGUUGCAACAGCUCAUUACAUUUGCUAUUUCUACUUCACAGUUCUGCUUUGAGUUGCUUUGGCUUUGUCUUCCUUUGUAAAUACUCUUGUAUUCCUCGUAACCGUCUUGUUUGCAGAUGACACAAACUUGCAACUCUGUAUAGUGUUUAUAUUAUAUAUAUCUGACUUGAUUUUCCAUAGAGCUACUUGCAAUAAAUGUGUUCAUAAAUUA